AUGGAAGACUAUGCCCUGGCAUUUGGAAUUAAUCUCUUCAUUGCCUUGAUGAUUCAACCCAUCAUGACUAUGACUGUGGUUGACAACCAAGGACUGGGGCUUCCUGUUGACAUUCAGCACAAAGCAAAGCCCUCGCCAAAAGCCAGCCAGAUGCUGCCACCUGAUCUUGGACUUCCCAGCUUCCAGAACUUAUUAAGUCCAUCUGAGAAACUAGAGGCUUGGGACCCAGGGAUGAGGAAACUUACUGUACAGACAUGCAGGUUGACCUGCCCUGAGGGCCAUGGCCUCUGCCAUGCAACUGCACAAGCUUCAGCCGAAACUCUCUCUGGCACUGCCCUAAACAGACCAAGUGUGAGAGAGGGAGCAUGUAAUGAAAAGUCCACAGAGGACAAGAAGCCACAAGAUUCAGUUCUCUGAAGCCAUUCUAGAUAGUUUCAGGGGAACUAG